AUGGCGCUGCGCCGGGGGUGGCCCUGCUGGCUCCUCGGGGCCUGGCUCUCGCUCUCCCAGCUUGGCUUCACUUCCCGCGCCGUGCGUGGGGUCAGUCCGCCUGCGAGGCGAACUGCACGGCCGGCGAACCUCGCCGACGCCGUCGCCGAGGCGAAUGCUGCGGCCGAGAUCGAUGCCCGAGAGUGGCCGCCAAAAGGUUGGCUGAGGCUCUCCACGACCGUCUCGUCGGAGGAGGGCAAGCAGAAGGUGAUCCGUGCGAUCAUGGCAAUCUCGGAAGGCCUUCGAUUGGAGGAAUCGCCGGUGCGUUGGCUGCGGCGCGGCACAGGCGCCGAGGCCACACGCUUGGCGCUGUGGGUUCCGCCCAGGUCCAUGCUGCUCGUGUCCUCGAUGAUGGGCGAAGCGCUGGAGGAUGAAAUGCCCAUGAUCCUCGUCGAGGGCUUGGACGUCGAUGGUGACGCGCAGUUCUUCCGCGGCGCGCUCACUGGGGCGACGUCAGAGGAACUCACCAGCACCACAGAGCGGUUGCUGGAAGCGCGGCUCUGUGCUGCCGUGGAGGUCGAGGAGGCUGCGGGCACGGCAGUGCUGCACACCACGGCCGCCGGCCGCAAAGGCGUUGAGGCCUGGCUGAAGGAGGAGGGCGGCAGCCUUUCCAUUGACUGGACUGCGCUCGGUGGCAAUUCCGAGUACCUCUCGUGGGUUGAGGCAGAGACAGCUCAGGAUGCGCCCUGA